AUGUCUUCGCCACCUGCGACCAGCUCUCCCGUCGCGUCUCCCGUCGUGUCCCGGGACUCUGCCACGCCUAACAGCGGCGUGGAGUCACCUUUUGUCGAGCGCAGCAACCCCAUGGGCUCCGGUAUCGCCCAGACCGUCACCUCCCGCGACCCCAAGGCCGCAGCUCAGGCCGCCACCGACAUGAAGAACGUCGUCCGCCGCAAGCUGACAGGCUAUGUCGGCUUCGCCAACCUGCCCAACCAGUGGCACCGCAAGAGUGUCCGCAAGGGCUUCAACUUCAAUGUCAUGGUUGUCGGUGAAUCCGGUCUCGGAAAGUCCACCCUCGUGAACACCCUGUUCAACACCUCGCUCUAUCCCCCGAAGGAGCGCACCGGUCCUAAUGCCGAUAUCAUCCCCCAAGACUGUUCGACCAGUGCCGACAUUGAGGAGAACGGCGUGCGUCUCCGCCUGAGCGUCAUUGAUACCCCCGGCUUCGGUGACUUUGUCAACAAUGAUGACUCCUGGCGCCCAAUUGUCGAGAACAUCGAGCAGCGUUACGACACCUACCUCGAGGCCGAGAACAAGGUCAACCGCAGCAACAUUGUCGACAACCGCAUCCACGCCUGUGUCUACUUCAUCCAGCCUACCGGCCACUCCCUGAAGCCCCUGGACAUCGAGGUGAUGCGCCGCCUGCACACCAAGGUCAACCUGAUCCCCGUCAUUGCCAAGGCUGAUACCUUGACCGACGAGGAGGUUGCCCUUUUCAAGCAGCGUAUCCUUGCCGAUAUCGAACAACACUCCCUCCAGAUCUUUGAAGGUCCCCGUUACGAGCUUGACGAUGAGGAGACCAUUGCUGAGAACCAGGAGAUCAUGUCCAAGGUUCCCUUCGCCGUUGUUGGUGCCAACUCCGAGGUGUCCACUGCUGACGGUCGUCGCGUCCGUGGUCGUAGCUACCCCUGGGGUAUUAUCGAGGUCGACAACGAGGAGCACUGCGACUUUGUCAAGCUGCGCCAGAUGCUGAUCCGUACCCACAUGGAGGAGCUCAAGGAGCACACCAACAACUUCCUGUACGAGAACUACCGGUCCGACAAGCUCACCCUGAUGGGUGUCGCCCAGGACCCCAGCGUCUUCAAGGAGGUCAACCCUGCCGUCAAGCAGGAGGAGGAGCGCGCCCUGCACGAGCAGAAGCUGGCCAAGAUGGAAGCCGAAAUGAAGAUGGUCUUCCAGCAGAAGGUCGCUGAAAAAGAAAGCAAGCUCAAACAGAGCGAAGACGAACUCUAUGCCCGACAUCGCGAGAUGAAGGAUCAGCUAGAUCGCCAGCGCGGAGAACUCGAGGAGAAGAAGGGUCGCCUCGAGACCGGACGCCCCGUCGAAGAGAAGGGCAAGCGAAAGGGCUUCUCGCUUCGUUAAUGUCCAUGUCUCUGCCAUUGCUUUU